ACGCUUCUCAUUUCUGGACAGCAAAUUAGUUGCACAUUUCCAUCCUACUCAAAUCGAUCCCAUCCUUUCUGCCAGACUUGUACUUGAGCUCACGCAGUACAAAUUUUAACCGUAAUACCGUCGAUAACCACACGUAUAUCAGUACGACGCCAUUAACUAAAAUGUCUCUUUUCACAAUCUCACAAUUGCUUAUCAUCAUUUCCCUUUCCACGUUAUCCUCCUCCCUCAAACUUCCCCACCAAUUUAAUUCUUUUACUCUUUGCACUUGGAAUUUCGCCAUUUACGGCGAGACCGACAAAAACAAAUCUGUCGACUUUCCUGUCGACAAUUUAUUUGCAGACAACACAUUCAUUCAACAAUCCACCCUUAAAACUGUAGGGCAAUCAGAACGAGUCGUUUUAAACACGCCGAAACAGUUUAAAUUUUCCUUGCAGAAAUGUUUCCUCGAUUUUAUCAUCGUCCAAGAAUCCACGUUAAGUUACAUGCCAGCUGUUUAUGAAAACGAUACGAUAUCCAAUCUGGUCGUGAUGUCCCCAGAAUUAGAUCGCGAAUUUAGUUUCAAUCGGAUGGUAUCUUACGUUGAGAAUGCAAAGGAAAAAUUCGUAAUGUUUGCCGAUUACAGGUUGGAUAAGCUUCUAAGAGUCGAGCGACAACUUGUAUUCCCGGAUACGCAACGUAUCCCCCUCGAAGAAUUCACCUCAGAUGUCGCGGGAAUUUCAAAAUUCGACUUUCUCGGAACGGACGUAUGGAUUUUUGAUCCGAACGACAACUCACGACAAACGGUGCUUAACCUUAGGCUAACAUGGAGUAUUAGAAAGAUGUUUAAUCUUCGAGAUCAACCCAAAUUCCUUCAUCCAAGACACGUCCUCCUCUACGAGUUGGAAAAAUUCUUUAAUUUUACCGCAUUUUAUGUCUAUCAUCCAGAUUUGCUAUUCAACCAAACGUACUUUAUAGGGCGGACAGAUACCACUCCCGCCUCGAUUUAUACUCCACGAAUGAGAGCCAUGCACUCACAGAGAGAUCAAGAGAACCCGCGCAAAGUAUCAUUCCUCGUCAUAAAAGAGACGAAAAUCGAUAUCAUUUACUACAAAUCGAAACCUGACCUUUAUCGAGUGAAGACAAUUGGGGCUUUGCUUUUCCAAGCGUACGACACGCCCACCUGGAUCGGCGUGGUUACCGUGUUCGUAACCUAUUCUGCAGUCAUAACUUUAAUCCGGAAGAAUUUAAGUAAUGCGGUUUGGACCGCAAUGUCGGCAUUCUUUCGACAAGGCGAGGCUCACUUUACCCCGUUAAAUUUGAUCGUAAUUUUCUCUCUGAUUCCUUUCCUCUUCAUUUACGAGGGUGACAUGACAGCACGAGUCAUUAAGCCAAGAGAACCUGAAAUACUCCAAGAUUACGAACAUCUCAUCAAUGCCUCGUUUGCCAUAAUUGUUGACAACGUUACUACGGGAAUUAAUGCACAAAAAGUUACUCGUUUUACCGACGUUUUAAACAAGAUUGCCGAAUCACCCCUGGCUGCAAAACAUGCUGUUAAUUUGGCGAAAUCAAAAGAACGGAGUAGAAAACGAGUUAAAAACAUUUCUCGGGGUAAUCGUUUCAUAAAAUUUCGCAAUUUUCAAAUUUAUCAAUAAGUCAUGUUUCUACGUAGGAAAUGGAUCUCAAACCCUCAUCGAAGCACGGGAUGCUUUUGUGUACCUCCAACCUAAAGCAUUUUGGACGUGGGCAUUAAUCAACAGUUACUUCUUGAAAUACGGCAUGAACUUUGAAGCUCUCAUCGUCAAGGAAUCCAUAAUAACGAACCGUGGUAUUCAAUUUACCUUUCGGAAAGAUUAUGGCGGAAGAUUGCGACGAAAACUGGGUCAGAUGAUGAGCUCCGGGUUGAUCGAGCUCUGGUACGAGGCCUACCAUAGGGUGAACUAUUACACGAAGGGAUUUAAAUUGGCGGUCAAGCUGGAACGAAGGGUGGAGGAACUGUCCGUAACGAAGGUCCAGUUCGUUUAUGUAAUUAGCGGAUUUCUUGUAGGGAUCGGAAUAAUUGUGGGAAUAAUGGAAUUCGCAUGGAUCCGAGGGUUUUAUUGGGUUACGAUGGAGAAAAGUUGCUUCACGGCGUGGGUUAAUAUUUUGAAGAACAAUAACAACAGAUAAUGUAUUUUGUGAUUUAGAA